AUGGACGAGAACAAAGUCAACAGUGCCAUUUAUGCAUUUAUCAUCGUUUGUCAGUGUCUUUCAAUGAUUGCACACUUUUUCAAACGACAUCGAAAACGACAGCCUGCUCGUGAAUAUAGCAUCCCAGAAGCAACACGUCACUCUAAUCUGCCAUAUAAUGGUGAACCCAGCGUACAAACUUUUAGUCGCCUGUAA